AUGAGUCAAUCAGAUAAUUAUAGGAAGUUUUUGAUGAACAGAGUAACUAUUACCCAACCUAUUCUCGAAUAUAUUGAAAAUUGUUUAGUCACAGAAGAUGAAAUUGUUAAACAUGCAUUUCAUAAAAUAAUGAUUCACAAUUGGGCAGAGAGUAGCACACAAUUAUUUGAAAUACUAUGCGAUUAUUUUGGUGUAGUAUUUGUGCCGUUAAAUUAUACAACACAGAAUGUUCUAACAACAUUUCACACUACCAGUCUAAUGUUUCUUUUAAAAAUAAUUAAAUUAGACUUUAUGUUCCCUUACACUCGUAACAUGUUUAAUAUUGACAUAUUAUUUAAUGACAAAACAUCUACUGAAUUAUUUGGGGAGAAACUGACUACUGAUGAUAUUGUAUCUCAAGUAGUAAGCUUACGGUUUAACGAACAUUGUGAAUUAAAUUUGUCAAACUUCUGUAAUGAUGAAGAACUAGCACAAAAGAAAAUAAAUUUUUAUAAACUGUCCUUAUUAUCAUAUUUCAAAAUACUCAUGAUAAGGAUGGGACGAGAUACAAAGAUUUUGAACUUAAGUAACAACAAUUUAAGCCAAGUUCCAUUGGAAAUAUUAAAUUUUUUUAUUAAAGGGGAACUCAUUGGGCUCAAUCUUAGUAAUAAUGAUAUUCCAUCAGUAUCUGAGUUGCACAGAAUUAGUAGUAAAAUAGAAAAACUUUGGGUGGAAGGAAACCCACUGUGCGAAGACAUGGAACCAAUGACAUAUAUUAAACAAAUCAGUCAGAAAUUUCCCCGAUUAACUGAAUUGGAUGGGGUGAAAUUAAAUGAACAUGGUCUAAUGAUACCAUUUUACAGCAAUUUUUUAAUUUCACCAGAUAAAAAAACAAAAAUGAUAAUAGAAAAGUUUGUAUCCUUAUAUUUUGCACACUACGACUCUACACGACUAAAGAUAGAUAUGUUUUAUGACCAAUAUGCUCAUUUAACACUUUCAAAUACUUUCACAGAGGCAGAUGAAACUGCAAUGGAGAGUUAUGUAAAGCACUCAAGAAAUAUUUUAAAUCCAUUACAUAAAGAAUGGGACUUCAAAUAUAAAAAAAUCUACAAGAAAAGGUGUGCCAUUUUAGGAGUGUUGUCAAAACUACCAGAAUCCAUACAUGACCCGAGUACAUUUACUAUUGAUGUAUUGAGACAUGAUAAUAAAUUGUUAAUAGUUGUGAUAGAAGGUAUUUAUAAGGAAAAACCCAAGGGCAGAGUGGAACAGUUUAUACAUUUCCGAAGAACUUUCAUAUUCGACAUCUACUCAAUCAACAUAAUGUCAUUUUAUAAUAUUGUGUACGAGAUGUUUACCGUUUCACUUGCUACUCCUGAAAUGAUACGAAACAGUUUUAAGCAUCCAGUGAGACAUUUAAAUCAACUAACUCUGAUAAAUCCAGACAAAGAAGAAAGAGAUAUGAUAUGCGCGGCUUUUAUGCAUUUGACGCAACUAAAAAAAUCUGAAGCCGAAGCCCGUCUUCUUUACAAUGAUUGGGACAUAAGAGUUGCUCUAAAAGCAUUUACAGCAGAUUUGAAGAAUAAUAAGAUUAAUGAUGAUAAAUUAAUGCUGGAUGAAGAAAUGUCGGAUAUAUCAUCACUUUUAGACGAUGAAGUGGAU